ACACAGAGCAGCAGAGAUCACAGAGACAGCUGAACACAGACACGCUCACAGCACAGCAUCAUAUUCACAGCAAUAAGAAUGCGGAGUUUAUUCUCUAUAGCGCUUGUGCUGCUGGUGGUGUUGAUCACCGUGGAAGCCAGUAUGAAGAAAAAAGAAAAGGGCAAAGAGCCCAAAGCAGAUGCUGAGUGCAGUGAAUGGCAGUAUGGGAAAUGCGUGCCCAACAGCGGCGACUGCGGCGCUGGCAUUCGGGAGGCGACCUGCAACGAACAGACAAAGAAAACCAAGUGCAGAGUCCCUUGCAACUGGAAGAAAGACUUUGGCGCUGACUGCAAGUACAAGUUUGGUCGCUGGGCCGAAUGUGACACUACUACAGGAACCAGAAGCAGGUCUGGGACAUUGAAGAAGGCACUGUUCAACGCUGAAUGCCAGACCACCAUUAAAGUGUCCAAACCUUGCACCCCAAAGACCCCCAAACCCAAGGGAGGCGAGAAGAAGAAAGGAAAAGGGAAGGAAAACUAACUUGAAGACCACCCCAACUGCCCCAUUGCCCACUCAGUGGUACAUUCCUAUGUGACACUCCCAAAUCCUCCAAAAGGUGAAUGCUGAAA